AUGUCCCUUGUGGCCCUCCUCCGCCAUGGCCUCCGCCUCCUACUCCCGCUGGCGGUAGUCUUAAACGUUUACCUUUACCUCUAUCCCAUCUUCAUCGGCUGCGCAUUCCCCGUUGCACCAAGCGACAGCUCGAGCGGUGCCGAACUCGGCAGCAAAGUCGCAUUUCUCGAAGCUGUGCGACCGCAUCUCCCCCCAUCCAUCCCUCUUCGGAAGACGAGCGCGCGUCCAGCCCCGUUUCGUCUCCUUGCACUCGGUGAUCCCCAACUCGAGGGCGACACUGCGAUUCGAAGACAUAAUGGCCCAAUCUUUGCUCAUGCAAGGAGCCUCUGGUCCCAUGUGACCUUUCAAUCCGAGAACUCGCUGCGACAGCGUAUCCGACAGUCGCUCCACGAUUUGAUCGAUAUCUUCUUUGAGGACGUCUUUGACGAGCUUGAGUCGAUUCGCAAGCGGAUAGAUCUGUUUGGCAACGACUUUUACCUUGCCCACAUCUACCGCACCGUACACUGGUGGACUCGGCCUACACACGUCACUGUCCUUGGCGACCUGCUGGGCAGCCAGUGGAUUGGUAUUGAAGAAUUCCGGCGCCGUGGCCGCCGUUACUGGGACCGCGUCAUGCGAGGCACGGAGCGUGUUCCAGACGACGUCGCCGCAUACCCCUCUAUGGAAUAUGAACUCUCGGGCUUACUCUCGCCGUCUGGCGAGCCUUCUGCCGAGUGGCCGCGUCGUGUCAUCAACGUGGCUGGCAAUCACGACAUUGGAUACGCUGGUGACAUUAACCAGGACCGUUUUGGCCGUUUUGAGCGUCUGUUUGGCAAGGCGAACUACGAGCUGCGGUUCGAGCUUCCUAUUGAAGACCCAAAAGUCAAUGCCACUGUGGUGGACGAUGUGGCAAAUCCCAGCUCCGAUCGUCUGCCCCCUGAGAUCCGCGUAAUCAUUCUCAACGACAUGAACCUCGACACUCCCGCCAAAGAUGCGGAUUUACAGGAUGCCACAUAUGCAUUCAUUAAUUCGGUCAUAGAGACAUCUUCGGCAGUCGAGUACAACGGACACUUUACUGUUGUCUUGACACACAUUCCUUUACACAAGCCGGAAGGCGUUUGCGUGGACUCGCCCUUCUUUGACUUCCACGGCGACGAAGACGGUGGCGGAGUCAAGGAGCAGAACUUACUUUCCUACGACGCCAGCAAGGGCUUCCUCGAAGGCAUAUUCGGCAUGAGCGGCAACACAGAGGCGCCUGGCAACGGCAAGGGUCGCCCAGGCGUGAUCCUCAACGGCCAUGAUCACGAGGGCUGUGACACGUUCCACUACAUCAAUCAGACGGACGGCAACCUUGAAGACAGGAGAUGGCAGGCCCAAAAAUGGAAGGACGCCAAGGGCCAUGGCGUGGCCGGUGCCGCUGGUGUCCCCGGCUUGAGAGAAAUCACAGUCAGGAGUAUGAUGGGUGAUUUCGGCGGUAAUGCCGGGCUCUUCAGCGCUUGGUUUGACGAGGAGACGUGGAGUUGGAAGUUUGAAUAUGCGACGUGCGCGUUGGGAACGCAGCACAUGUGGUGGCUCGUCCACAUUUUGGAUCUCGUGGCGGUCGUUGGCAUCAUCGCCUACAUUGUCCUGUCCGUCUUGGAGGCGAACAAGCCGCCGUCUCCCGCAAAAUCGAACGGGGCCUUGAUAUCGAACGGGACCGUGACAUCGAAUGGGAAGCCCACCCCUGCGAACGGUGUCGUCCCUUCUAAUGGUGCAGUUAAGAAGCCGACAGAGAACGGUGAGGCCAUUUUGUCGUAG